AUGAUAGAGGAUUAUCCACUUCAAGUAUACACCUCAGCGAUAUUCUUUAGUCCUCGGAGCAGUAUUACAAGGACUCAAUUUGAGUCUGAGGAACUAAGAUGGAUGAAUGCCAAGUCAAUGAUAGGCGAGAGCUGGAGUGCCUGCCUGCAGACGCUCGAGGGCCACGGUGGCUGGGUCCAGUCAGUGGUCUUUUCGCAUGACUCCAAGCUGCUGGCGUCUGCUUCCCACGACAACACCGUCAAGCUCUGGAACGCCGCCAGCGGCGCCUGCCUGCAGACGUUUGAGGGUCACGGUGGCUCGGUUCAGUCAGUAGUCUUCUCGCAUGACUCCAAGCUGCUGGCGUCUGCUUCCCGCGAUAAUACUGUCAAGCUGUGGGACGCCACCAGCAGCGCCUGCCUGCAGACGCUCGAGGGCCACAGUGGCUGGGUUCAGUCAGUAGUCUUCUCGCAUAAUUCUCAGCUGCUAGCGUCUGCUUCUGACGAUAAGACUGUCAGGCUGUGGAAUGCUGCCAGCGGGGUCUGCCUGCAGACGCUCGAGGGCCAUAGUAGCUGGGUCCAGUCGGUGGUCUUUUCGCAUGAAUCUAAGCUGCUGGCAUCUGCUUCCCGCGACGAAACUGUUAAGCUGUGGAACGCCGUCAGCGGCGUCUGUCUGCAGACGCUCAAGGGCCACAGUGGCUUAGUCCAGUCAGUGAUCUUCUCGCAUGACUCUAAGCUGCUGACAUCUGCUUCUUACGAUAAGACCGUCAAGCUGUGGGACACCGCCAGCGGCGCCUGCCUGCAGACGCUCGAGGGCCACAGUAGCUUAGUCCAGUCAGUGGUCUUUUCGCAUGACUCUAAGCUGCUGGCGUCUGCUUCCCACGACAAGACUCUGCUGGCGUCUGCUUCCCGCGACAACACCGUUAAGCUGUGGGACGCUGCCAGCGGCGCCUGCCUGCAGACGCUCAAGGGCCACAGUGGCUGGGUCCAGUCAGUGGUCUUCUCGCAUGACUCUAAGCUGCUGGCGUCUAUUUCCCAGGAUAAAACCGUUAAGAUAUGGGACGCCGCCAGCAGCACCUGCCUGCAGACGCUUAAGGGCCAUGUCGGCUGGAUUCAGUUAGUGGUCUUUUCGCAUAAUUCUCAGCUGCUAGCGUCUGCUUCCCACGAUAACACCGUUAAGCUGUGGAAGACCGCCAGUGGUGCGUGCCUGCAGACGCUGGACAGCCACAGUGACUGGAUUCAGUCAGUGGUCUUUUCAUAUGACUCUAAGCUGCUGGCGUCUGCUUCCCGCGAUAACACUGUCAAGCUGUGGGACGCCGCCAGCGGCGUCUGCCUGCAGACACUUGAGGGUCACAGUAGCUGGGUUCAGUCAGUGGUCUUCUCACAUAACUCUAAGCUGCUGGCGUCUGCUUCACAUGACAAGACUAUUAAGCUAUGGGACGCCGCCAGCGGCGCCUGCCUGCAGACGCUCGAGGGUCACGGUGGCUGGGUUCAGUCAGUGACCGUUAAGCUGUGGGACGCCGCCAGCAGCGCCUGCCUGCAGACGCUCAAGAACCACGUUGGCUGGGUCACAAAACAUGAUCUGGGUGUCUUUAUCUUGACUUACCUUGCGAACUCGCCAUCCUCCCAGGCAAAUCCUGAAAAGAUGUAUAUCCAGGGAUUCGGAAUAAGUCCUGAUCGAACCUGGAUUACAUGGAACUUAGUAAAGCUGUUGAAGUUACCAUCAAUACUUAAGAUAUCAGCCUCCGCUGUAACAUAUUCGACUAUUUGUAUUGGUUUUUGAAUCAGGG